UUUUAUACGUGACUUUGUUUCAACUAUCAAAAACAGAACCAGCAAAACAACCGAAAUGCAACACACCUAAACCAUCAACAAUAAUGGGACCACCAAUCAACACGUGGCCGUACAGCCACCCAAAAUUCAACACAAGUGAAGAGAAAAAGUGUCUGAUACAUACUCUAAUUGAUAGUGUACGAAGUGUAAGCAUCAACUGUACUGUAGUGGUAGUGUUAGUGCAAUUAUUAUAUAGUUUGACGUAUGUCACGGCUGGGCCAGUUAUAUUAAGUUUGGAUUAUUUGCAAGCUCCAGUUCCCCUAGCUAGAAAUAUAAGGCAUUUACCCUGCGUCUCAAGAAGAACAGCAGAAGAGGGGCUUUGCAUGUUUGCCAUAGACUGUCUCAAAUCCAACGGAUCUCAUCUGGGGACAUGCAUCGACAGAUUUUAUUUUGGGUCCUGUUGUCAAAUUCCUGAUAAAAAUAUCCUGCCAAGUAUCAUUAAUAAUAUAGAAGAUAAUACUAUAGAUAGCUCAAAUUUUGUCCACCCGCAAGAAGAUAAAAUUAUUAAUCAUUUAUAUAAAAAACCAACAAGUACCACAAAUAAGCCUAGCAGUAUACAUGUGCCAACGGAAACAACGGAAAACGCACAAGAUAGAACAGCGUCAUAUGAGGAAAAUAAUUUCAAUAAAAUUACAACCAUAGAUAACACGAUAGGAGAUAAAACUAUAUCCAGUUCAACAGAGUCCAUGAAAACAACUCAAAAAAUAAAACCAACUGAAGUUCCAUUAAAAAUAUCUACAUUCCAAAGUGUAUCAAGUGAUACAAGUUAUUUAACUUCACCAAAACCAGUUAAAGUUGAAACAACAGAGGCUAUUACAACAGAAAAACCAAAGCCUCCGAGAAAGCCUUUGAGGCCUACUUAUAAGCCCAGACCUACAUAUAGACCUACUAACUUUACAAGACCACCAUACACAGGCACUGGUAAACCCAGGCCCACAAAACCAAUAUCAACAGUAAUUCCAACAAGAAAACCGCCUUUUAGGGUUCCAUCUAAAAGACCUCCAACAAAAAAGCCGAUACAAAUACCACCAAGAUUAAAUAUAACAAUACUACCACAAUCUACAAGCUCAAGACCUGCAUUUUCACGUCCAUCAGGUCCGUCAAUUAUUUAUAUUAACCAUACGCUAUCAAAGCUUGAAGAAAACACUUUACCUACAGUAUUUAACAAUACGUCAUCAACUACUCCCAGUACAACAUCAACAGAACCAAGUACAACUACAACCACUACUUCUCCUUCAACUAUAGUAAUCAGUUCAACUAGUCCAAGCACAACCACCGUAACGACAACGACAACCACACCAGCACCUACAACGACAGAGAAACCACCAACGGAAGCAAUUACGGAAACACUAGCAAUAGAAACAGAAUCAAUUCUUCAAACCGAAACAAUCUCUACUACGGAACCAUCUAAAGUAGAACUAACAACAGAAAUAUCAAAAGACGCGGAAAUAGAAACAACUAUAGGAAUCACAGAAGCAAUAACAAUUGCAGAAACAACAGAUUUUAAAGAUAUAACAACGCAAGCGUUGACAGAAAGAGACACAAUAAAAACGACAGAGGUUGAGAUUACAACUACUGACUUCCCACCAUUCGUCACCUGGUCGUCAAACGUGGACACAGCAACAAAGACACCACAAAAACCAACCACCGUAACAGAAGAUAAUUGGUCACCAAUAACUCCACCAGAAGGAUGGGUGCUGCUAAGUACAUCAAAACCAGAAACAACAUCAACAACUACGACGACGACAUCCACAGAAACAACAACAGCAGAGCAAUUACCAACGGUUAUAAUAACUGAGUCUACUCGUGCACCAUCAAUUUCAAGUGUUGAAACCACACAAUCUACGAUAACCACAACAAACACUACUUUAACAUCAACAUCAGACCAACAGAUUCCGGAGUUCAUUGUAAAUGUUACGUUGUCACCAACAGUUCCAACUACAACGGAAAGUUUAAAGGAAAAUGUAACGUCUAGUGAAAACUCAUCUAACGCAGUUGACGUGAAUGAGGCAACGACAGUAGCAAUAGAAAUGACCUACAACAUGUCAAAUUUCAAAGAUGUGUGCGGACGUCGUAUGUGGCCUCAGGCUCGCAUAGUUGGUGGAACCAAGUCCAGCUUCGGUGAAUGGCCCUGGCAGAUAUCACUCAGGCAGUACAGGACGUCUACGUACUUACACAAGUGUGGUGCGGCAUUGUUGAAUGAAAAUUGGGCAAUUACAGCAGCGCAUUGUGUGGAACAUGUUCCGCCGUCUGAGCUUUUAGUGCGUCUGGGAGAACAUGACUUGGCGACCGAAGACGAACCCUAUGGUUUCGCGGAAAGACGGGUGCAGAUCAUAGCGAGCCAUCCACACUUUGACCCGGCUACUUUUGAAUAUGACCUCGCAUUAUUAAGAUUUUACGAGCCAGUAACAUUCCAACCAAAUAUUCUACCUAUUUGUGUACCGGACAAUGAUGAUGACUACGUUGGAAAGACCGCGUACGUCACUGGUUGGGGUCGCUUGUAUGACGAGGGACCACUGCCAAGCGUGCUCCAAGAGGUACAAGUGCCGAUUAUCAACAACACUGCGUGCGAAUCAAUGUACCAAGCGGCUGGAUACAACGAACACAUUCCCAACAUAUUUAUUUGCGCGGGAUGGAAGAAUGGUGGCUCUGACAGUUGUGAAGGUGACAGUGGAGGACCGAUGGUUAUCCAAAGGGACAGAGAUAACCGUUACGUUCUUGGUGGGAUAAUAUCGUGGGGUAUUGGCUGUGCGGAGCCAAACCAACCCGGAGUUUACACGCGGAUAUCAGAGUUCCGGGACUGGAUCAACCAAAUAUUGCAGUUUUAGAUCAUCUAAAGAUACUUUUUAGUAGAGUAAAAUGACUUGCUGAGUCUGUGCGGGAAGUGAAACGUCGUGGGAUUUGAGUUCGCAGUACUUUUGAUAUGUAUACAAAGCUGCGUCAUUACAUUUAAAAAAUUAAAGUAUAUAAAUAUUUGUGAAAAAAUUAAAUAACGAGCAGCAAAUAAGAGUUAUGUUUGUUCCCAUAACCACGCCGUUUAUCUUUUUGCGCAGACCAUAAAUUAUGUAGCGUGAACUGAAAGUCUUAAAUAAGUUCGUUCUUGAUUAACAUUAGGGCCCAGUGAAAGUAAAUGUAUAUGAUAUCAAUUUAAAUGUCUGGCUUUGUGAUUGCGAACAUUGCAGUUAGCAUGUCGCUAAGUUCUGGAAAGACAAAUCCCACAUCGUGGAUUAAUUUUCAACGCAAAAAAUACA